GGCACACCGACACCAAGCCCGACAGUAGAAUCUGCUGUCCUCUUCUUCGCAGCCAUGGCGGCAAGGCAAAGCAGGUCAUGCCUGAUCCUGGCAACUUCGGCCGUUUUUCUCCUUUCCGUGCGUCACCUUGGAGGAACCUUGUACGUCCUUCCCGGCGGCGAGCCAGGCGAGGUGAAGCGCUCGGGCGAGGCGAAGCCAAUGCUGCGGCGCGCCUUGUUUGCGGGUUUGGCGCUCGCAAGCCCAGCAGAACAAGCCCAUGCAUUGAUGGCAGAGGAGCUGCGGGCGGCCAGCCUCUUCCAGCGGGUCUCGCCCAGCGUCCUGAGCGUUUCAGAGAAGCCCACAGCCCUCGGCGCAGUUGCAGGCGGCGCCACUGGCACUGGCUUCGUGUGGGACAACAGCCAUGUGGUGACCAACUAUCAUGUCGUGAGCGAGAUCAAGAAUCCCCACGUCACUUUUCUCCGGAAGGAUGCCAACGGUUUCGACGAGCACGUUGCCGUGGGCGCCUACGUGGUGGGUGCAGAUCCGCUGUCGGACAUUGCCGUCUUGCAAGUGAGGGGCGAGGAAAGCAUGUCCGAGCUGAUGCGGCCCUUGGAUCGCGGCACCUCCACGCAGCUGAAACCCGGCCAGGAGGUCUUCGCCUUGGGGAACCCUUUCGGCCUGGAGCACUCCAUGAGCAAGGGCGUCAUCAGCGGCCUGGCGCGUAGCAUGGAGGGCACAGCCGGAUGGCCCGUGAGCGGCAUCAUCCAGACAGAUGCCUCUAUCAACCCUGGCAACAGUGGGGGACCGCUGCUGAAUAGUGAAGGCGCUGUGGUGGGUGUGAACACCGCCAUCCUCUCUACCAGUGGAACGUUCUCCGGGGUUGGCUUUGCCCUGCCCAUCGACACGGUGGUUAAGAACGUGCAAUCGAUGAUUGAAGAAGGCUACGUGUCCCGGCCAUCCAUCGGCGUGGAGCUGGCCCCGGAUUCGGUCUCCGAGUCCUUGGGCAUGCCGGGGGCGAUGGUGAUGAAGGUAGUACCAGGGGGGCCUGCCCAGCGCGCAGGGAUGAGGGCCCUGCGCAGCGGUCAGCUUGGCGAUGUUAUUGUCAGGAUGGGCGGCAAGUCGAUUUCCAGCCCCGAAGACGUCUUCCGAUGCCUGGAUGAGAGAAAGCCCGGGGAGGAGGUCAUCAUGACGGUGCAGCGACCCUCAGCUGACGAAGAAAGUGACAACGUGGACGUGGUAGAUCUGGUCGUUCGCCUGGGCCGCUCAAAUUCCAAGAUGGUGGUCUACUAAGCCAGGUCUACCUGGGUGCCACACCACUCCCAGGAUGCAUUGGAUGCACCUGGCAAAUGUUUUCUCCCAUCAGGCAAUUGAUGGCAAUCGCACCAUGGCCUUGAGGAGUGCAGGGCGCAUUUCUCGGAAUCUUUCACGGCGCGGCCGCGCGCAUGUCAGGCGCAGGAUCUUGUUCGGUCGAUUUGAGAAGUUGAUCUUGCCCCUCCAAUCCAGCUUGCAAAUCACAUGCCGAGCCCAGUGAGGAGGGUUCGGGGCUGGAAGUCGUUG